AUGAAGAAACUAGGAGAACCAACGGACAAAUGUGGACAUACGUCAAGGGGCAGCCACGCCCUCGACAUCUCGGUCUACGAAGAAUUGUAUCUUGGUCUGGAUUGUUUUAACGCGUCAACUCUUAAAAUAAUAACGGCGCAUGCAAUGUCCGUGGAUGACCAGUUACGGGGUCUAGAGGCACUCACGGUCGUUGAGUUGCGUAAACGCUUGUCAUCUCACGACCUGAGCACAGCCGGAUCCAAAAAGGAGUUGCUGCGUAGACUUGCUACCUUUAUGAAGACCUCACAGGAUUCGGAUACGGUUGUCCCCGCGGAGAUACGGGAUAAUGUUUUGGAACCAGUGGAUGAUGCCUUAGAGCUGGAUGCCCCAGAUUCGGAUGUGGAAACCGGAGACACAUCAGCCGUCACCGUUAUUUCGGUGACAAAAGAUGAACCGUCUUUGCCCCCACCACGUCAUAAUGGGCAUCCAGAAUCCACAGAACGGCGUUCUUCGUCGAAAGAUGAACACAGGAGACGAACCUCGACCUCAAAAACUGAAUCUCCAGCUGACGUUCGAAAAAGUGACGAACGUCCAGCUAGUCGACGCCGUCAGUGGGGCAGUAGCACACGUUCAACUUCCGGUGUGAUUAGCAUUUCUACGGAUUCUCUGGAGAAAUUGGUGCCAACGCUAACUGCUGAGCCAUCGGACACGUACAAUCGUUCUGCGACCGUACCUGGUGCUGGUACCCAGUCCGAUUCACACACCGUGCAAACUGCUCCGGCGAACAGUAAAACCGACGAACCGGAUAAUGGACAGGUGGAGCUGGAGGUGGAGGCCAUUGUAGACAACAUGGACACUGAAGACAUUCACCAAGAAACUAAGACUCCCAAGCAGCCGAAAUCCCCAGUUAAACCAUCGUCUGAGGAUCGUAGUCUAUCGACUGCGGAAGUAGCGUCCCCCGAACGUGCACCAGUGAGUGUUGGUUCGAGAAAAAGCAGCCCAGAACGGAAUACCUCAUCAAAACCUCCAUCACCACACAAGAGAAAGGGCCCGAAAGAAACCAAAGCUGUCGGAUAUUUGGUUGAAUCCCCCGAACGCGUGGAACCUUGUCAACCGGCCAAACACAAGCCAACGAACAUUGUGUAUAUCCGGUCCCUCGUACGACCGUUCACUGUCGAUCAGCUGCGCCAGAUGAUCUCGGAUCGUUUUGGUCCAGUUGACGAAAUUUGGCUUGAUCGUAUCAAGUCGAGUUCAUUGGUACGAAUGAAUACCUUGGAAGCGGCUACGAAGUGCCGUGAGGGUCUAGACGGGAGCCGUUGGCCAUCGAUGAAUCCACGUGUUUUGCGGUGCGAUUUUGGCAAUGAGGCUCUGUUUGACUGGAUGAAGGCGAACGGUGCCUCCGGUGACUUAGCACCUCCUAGACACCUAGUUUUAGGACAGCCAGAUGGAGCUUCUGGGGAAUGUCCUCCCACUGACGAGAAAGUAAACAAGGGAGCCCCUCGGUCUGACCGUACCAGUAAACGUGGAUCGGGCACACAGGAUUUACGUACUCGGCUGGACUCAGAUGCUGCGGUUAAAGAUGCUUCACCUCGACAGAAGUCGCCUGUACAUAAACAACCCUCUGAACCAAAGAAAAAACAAGAAGAACCUGCAAAGCUAUUGGAUGACCUGUUCCGAAAAACGGAGAGCACACCUUGCAUUUACUGGCUUCCCCUCACAGAUGACGAGGCGAAAAAGCAAGCAGAAGAACGUUUACGUGCCUAUGCUGCCAAGCGGUCCACCUACGUUCGGUCAACCAGGCCAAGUCAACGGGCUACACGCAGUCCUUUCACAAGUCCUGGUCCAAACGAAGCAACUGGUCAGAAAGCAACCGAACGAUCAGGCCAGUCCAGUUCUGCGGCGAAAACAACACAACCUGAUCGUUCGGAACCGUCGGCUGUUUCAAAGAAUAUCUCCAAAACAGAAGUGACGAAUGAAUCUAAGUCCAAACCGCAGCGAGCAGAUGCUGGCGAUCGUAGUCGCAAAAAGUCGCCUGCGCCACUGCCUCAGGACUCACAGUCUGGCAAACGUGAUAAGUGCCCGACGGAAACCCGAAAGCGAGAGCGAUCUCCCUUCACGCCGCCUAGAACGCAACCCAGUGCUGAGUCGCGGACAGACACGGACAAAUCAAGCCGCCCUAAUGCUUCUUCCUCAUCCGUGACUAAGCGUGCGCGUUCUCGUAGCCCGAGCACACGGCGAUCCCAGCCGUCGAAAACAGAUCGUUUCCGACGAUCGAGUUCGCGUUCGUCUACUGGUCGGAGUGACACUAAGCGAAGAACUACCGGUUCCUCCAGUCGGAGGGACCGUAGGACUCCUCCAAGCUCGUCGAAAUACACACGUGAACGGUCACGUUCGGUGGAACGACGUGCCAUCUCUCCACCGACACAUCGUUCCUACGGACGUUCGCACCGUUGACGUGUGCUAUCUGGCGAGGCUUGUCUUAUCAUGUAUAUGGCCCGUUGUCGCUACUGUCCAUUGAUUUUGCCUGGCUAUCCUCGAUCGAAAUUUGUGAAGUUUGUAUUUGUUGUCCCCUACCCCAUUCAUUCGUUUUGUCCUCCCU